UAUUAAUUAUUAAUUACUGUACUUUCUUCCUUAAAUCAUUACAAGGAAAAUUGAGUAUAUUAUAUUUAAAUAACUGCAUAAUUAAUUACGUACACUAGUUUACUAGUAUAAUACUGGGUAUUGACUAUUGUUCGAGAACAUUAUCGGUUAUUGUAUUGUUGCGGUUUGUUAUUCGAUAACAGAGAAUAGUGUUGUUAAAAAAUGGCUAACGAUACAGAAGAUAUUGACGGAAACAAUAUUUUAGCACAGUCGUUAAAAUCUCAGGGAGUAGAAUUUGUUUUUGGAAUUGUCGGCAUUCCAGUUAUAGAGCUCAGUGUAGCUAUGCAACAAGCUGGUCUUAAAUAUGUUGGCAUGCGAAACGAACAAGCAGCCAUUUACGCUGCUCAAGCUAUUGGUUAUUUGACACGUACACCGGGCGUAUGCCUUGUGGUUUCUGGCCCGGGAUUACUGAACGUUGUUGCCGGUAUGGCUAAUUCUCAGAUAAAUUGUUGGCCUGUGUUAGUCAUCGGUGGUUCGUGUGCCGAAGAUCAUGAAGGUAUAGGCGGUUUCCAAGAAUGCAAUCAAGUGGAAUUGAGUAGACCCUACUGCAAAUACAGCGCAAGACCUCCAAACGCAAAUCUCAUACCGGUACACGUUGAAAAAGCUAUACGAUAUGUUACGUAUGGUAGACCGGGAGCUGCGUAUUUGGAUUUUCCAGCGAAUUUAUUAUCAGCACGAGUGUCCAUAGAUAUGGUGCAGUAUAAACCAGUAAUAUGUAGUCCGCCAACGGUUUUUCCUGAUAUCCGUGAUAUUCAAUCGGCCGCCGAUCUCAUAAAAAAUGCAAAUCGCCCACUUAUCAUCGUUGGUAAAGGAGCUGCUUAUAAUCGUGCAGAGGAUGCGGUUAAUAAUUUUGUUGCACAAACCGGCUUACCGUUUUUGGCCACUCCGAUGGGUAAAGGUGUAGUAGCCGAUGAACAUCCAUUGUGUGCCGCAUCGGCUCGUACAUUCGUUCUUCAAAACGCAGACGUCAUUGUUUUGCUCGGUGCCAGGUUGAACUGGAUUCUCCACUUUGGUAAAUCUCCCAGGUUUAAUCCACAAGUGAAAUUUAUACAAGUUGACAUUAAACCGGAAGAAUUGCAUAACAGUCAGCAAGCUAGUGUCGCUAUACAAGCUGAUAUUCACACCGCAGUGGAUGCCUUGACUUUACAGUUGAACAAACAAAAGUGGCGUUGUUCCAAAAACGAAUGGUUAACACAAAUUCAAGAUAAAUGUUCAGUGAAUAAAAAAUAUACAGAGUCAAUGAUGAUGGAUACCUCAGUGCCGUUAAAUUACUUUACGGUAUUUCGUCAAAUUCAGGAUAACAUUCCAAAAGAUUGCAUAAUUUGUAGCGAAGGUGCAAAUACAAUGGAUAUCGGAAGAACAAUACUACUAAACAAUUUGCCUAGACACAGGCUUGAUGCUGGCACAUUUGGAACUAUGGGAGUUGGCUUAGGAUUUUCCAUCGCGGCGGCUUUAUGGUGCCAACAAUACGAACCACAAAAACGGGUAUUAUGUGUCGAAGGAGAUUCAGCUUUUGGAUUUUCCGGAAUGGAAGUUGAAACAAUGGUCAGGUAUAAAUUACCAAUCGUCAUAGUCGUUGUUAACAACAAUGGAAUUUAUGGAGGUGUCGACGAAGAGCUUUGGACCGCUAUACAAGACUCUGACUCCUUAUCAAAUACGACUCCGCCAAAUUGUCUCUCUGUGAACAUUCACUAUGAAAAAAUAAUGGAAAUGUUUGGACGCAAAGGUUAUUUUUGCACAACAGUCGAUCAAGUGUCGAGUGCUAUUAAAAACGCAUUUAAGGACACGAAUGGACCGUCGUUUAUAAAUAUCAUGAUCAACCCGUCGGCAGACAGAAAACCUCAAAACUUUGCCUGGUUAACCGAAUCAAAACUGUGAUAGAAUCAAACCGUAAUUAUUGGACUGAAAGUAAUGCAUAAUAUUUAUAGGCUCACAUCAAAUUAUCAAAUAUGGUAUUUAGGUUUAGACACGGUAAACUAAAUAAUAUUAUUGUUUUUGGUGUAAUAAUUUUGGGUCAAACCCAAAAUAAAGUUUAUCUGUUUUAUUUUUAUUAAAAAGAGGAAUUAAAUAUAUAUAUAUGUGGGUUUAUUUUAAAUGUUGGCUUUUAUUAUGUAUACUCAUUAGUUAUAAGAUAUUUUUAUUGAAAUUAAUUUUGUAUUUUUCAAAUAUAUUUUAACUAUUGUCUUUUAAUAGUCUUUUAGCAGAUUAAAACGUGAGAUUUUGUUUUGAGCGCAAACAGCGCUUAUGAUAAGCGUUUAUAAAGUACUUAAUUCUACAUACCGUAUUAUUAAAAAAUGUUUCUUGCUUAAAAUCAUUUCAAGUUUUUCAUCGUAAAUUAAAUUGACCAAAAUAGUUAUGAAAAAUACAGCGAAACGUUUGAACAUUGCUUUGACUGUUAGGAUUGCUUCGUUUCCAAUCCUUUUAUUAUUGAUAAUAUUCUAUUGAUGUUAAUCAAUAUAUUAAAAAAAAAAAAACUUAAU